AUGCACCUAUAUAUCAAUCUAAAGGGAAGAAAACAAAAAAAGAAGCCUACUCGCCAAACAGUUAUUGAAACGGUGACAGAUAGAAUUAGCAACUUACCAGGUCAUGUAAUAGACCAAAUUCUGUCUUACUUGCCAAUUAGGGAAGCGGUGAGAACAAGUGUUUUAUCCAAAAUAUGGAAGAACAAAUGGUAUACACUUCCAAAUCUUGUGUUUAAUAAACAAGGUGUAGCUUCCGAAGGCGCUUUAGUUAAUCAGAGCAAGUUUGUGAAAAUUGUUGAUCAUGUACUUUUACUUCAUUCGGGGCCAACCAACAUGUUCAAGUUCUCUGAAUAUGAUCUUAUUUGUGAUGUUCUCGUGACUGAUAUUGAUAGAUGGGUUCUUCAUCUAACCGGAAGGUCUAUUAAGAAGCUUGUGUUGGAAUUUCUGCCACAUGAAGAAAAAGAAUACUAUAAGAUACCUUGGUGCUUAUUCUCUUGUCGAAGUUUACAUCAUUUAAAACUAAAGUGCUGUUGGCUUAAACCUCCAAAAGAGUUUCGAGGCUUUAGGAAUUUGAGAAGUCUUGAUCUAAAUUUGGUUACUAUGGCUCAAGAUGCUUUUGAAAAAAUGAUAUAUGGAUGCCCUUUGCUUGAAAAAUUGAAAUUGAAAGAAGUUGAUGGUUUAACCCAAAUUAAUAUUCACUCACCAAAUCUCAAGAUUUUUGAAGUUUUUGGUGAAUUUGAGGGUAUUAGCUUUGAGAAAACUUUCCAAUUAGUUACGGUAAUAGUUGAUUCAAGGUUGAAUUUGAUCCCCGAAAACAAUCAAAGUACAUUGCAUAGACGCUCAAGCAAUUUGCUCGAUUUUCUCGAUCGUCGACCUCACCUGCAAAGCCUAGUGAUUGGUAGUUGCUUUUUAAAGUAUUUGGCUGCAGGUCUUUUGCCAAUAAAGCUUCCUACCCCUUGUAUUGGCCUAAGUUAUCUUUCCUUAAGCAUAAACUUUGAUGACUUGAAGGAAAUUUCGGCUGCUCUUUGCUUGCUCAGAAGCUCACCUAAUCUUCAAAAAUUAGAUAUAUCUGCACGGAUUGAGCAUCAUACUGUCCCUUUGACACCAGUCACUGUCUACCAUUGGAAUAAUACAUUUUCAAGGCCAGCCACACCCAUCCGAGUGCGACACGUGGCCAUAGAUAGCAUCUCUGGUUUCCAACCUGAACUGGAUUUUAUCAGAUUUCUACUUCUCUAUUCGCCUGUGCUAGAAAAGAUGACUGUGAAGCCUAUUGUGAAUGUCAGGCCAGAGUUGGUUCCAGAACUGAUUCGGUUCAAAAGAGCGUCAGGAGAAGCUGAAGUUAUUUACGAGGUGGAAGACUCUUCAUAA